GUGAUUACCAAGUAUGGAAAUUAUGGAUGGCGAGUAUACGAGGGCCCUUCUGUUUACACUCCUCCAACUACGCCUGGCGGAAAUACUUCGGCGAAAUUCACAAGUCUGAUUUUCCCUGUGAUGGGUUACAAUCACUCUGAUGUAAACAUAAAUGAAGGCUCAGCAUCAAUCACUGGUGGCUAUUUUUAUCGGUCUAUGACUGAUCCCUGCUUAUAUGGAAGGUACUUGUUUGCAGAUCUUUAUGCAGGUGCUAUAUGGGCAGGCACCGAGAAUCCCAUUAGCAGUGGGAACUUCAGCAGUAACAAGUUAAAUUUUACUUGUGCUUCUGAUUCUCCUUUAAAAUGCAACUUUUCUCCUGGAAGUUCAUUUCCCGCGUUGAGUUACAUUUUCUCUUUUGGCGAAGAUAACAACAAGAAUCUCUAUCUCCUCACCAAUAGUGGAGUUUACAGGAUUGUCCGUCCAAGUCGUUGCAAAUACGCAUGUGCCAAGGAAAAAGACGUGAAAAUUGAAUCCCCAGGUCCUGUUUCCUCCCCUCCUUCGAAAGCAAGCCGGUCGAGAGGUCCAUGCAAGAGUCUGUUGGCUCUGCUCUCAUUGCUAGGCUUACUGCUUUUGAAUUUUGUGUAGAAUACUGCAAUAUGUUUAUCAGAAUGGUUUUGUUGUAAGAAAGUUCCACAUCUGAGUUUGGCAGAUUUUGGUUGAUUGUGUUCAAACAGCGUACAAAAUACUGUGAAUAUGUUCAAUGAGUAUAAUUUUACAAA